UUUGGGAUAAAGUGAGAUCGUCUAUUGUUUCAAUAUUGCUAGUUUGUUUGUUGGAAUAGCAAUAUUACCCUUGUGGGGAUUAAACACGUACUUCUGCUACGACGAGGAGCAUUCAAUUUUAAAGGCCGCCUAACAACUUGAGGCCUUUUUCUUUUCCUGUCUACGUAUGUUUUCAUCUUCUAAUUUCCUUCUGCGAGUAUAAGAGUUUUGUGGAUUUUGGAUCGUCCCGUUUGAACGGAACAUCGGAAAUAUCGUAGUUUCAAUCUGAAGGAAAAAGGAGGAAAACAACUUGAGGAGGAUUUUCGACAUCGUAGAUUGGUUGAGAUCUUUGAAUUGGUAAUUUCAUCGUUGGGAUCUUCGAAUUGGUAAUUUCAUCAUUCGAUUGGAAAUUCCUGGUAUGUACCGAGAAUUUUUCUGACAUUGACGUCAAGGAAGCCAUUUGUGAAAAGUGGACAUAUUGUUCAUGUGACAUCUGAAUUUACGUCUUUCUCAUAUUAAUUUGAUCAAGUCAAUCAAUUAUGGUCACUUUUUGAAAUAAUAAUAGGGAGUUUAGAUGUUUGUCCUUACAUUCAUUCAGGAAAUUUCAGAUUUAAUUUUAUUCCAUGCAUAGACCGUUUACUGUUUCACAGUUAGAGUGAAUUUGAGAAGACAGUAUCUCAAUCUAUAUAUUUAUUUCAUCUAUAAGCAUUUUCACAAGGCAAGUACAUUUAAUAGUGUGUAUUUGUAAGUAAAUAAUACGUAACAAUAUAUAAUACAUAAAUACAUAAGUAUUUAUAAGUACAUAAUACAUUAUUUUCCAUCUUUAAUAAAUUUAUGAACUGAAGUGAAAUUCUGAUAGAACUGUUAUCUAGUUGUUAUAUAGUGUGUACCAUAAUUUGUACGAAAGUAUUUUGGGAACUACGCUUGAUCAAGCAUAGGGAAAAGUGUUUGUACAUUGGGUUCAUAAUCGUUCAGAAAACAAUAAUUGUAGGGAAUAGAUAAUAGAAUCUCACAUCGGAAUAUCGCUUUAUUAUUUCUAUAAUUUUUGAAAUUACACCUUUCAUGAGAUAUUGGACUUGGUUUACUUACCUUUUCUUUGAUCGUCAUUUACAUUUCUCUUUCAUAAGAUACUCAACUUGAUCUGCUUACCUUUUCUUUAAUAGACAUUUACGUUCUGUUUUAUCUGUUUCGGAGUUUACGUAUUUGGCUGAAGCAGUAUUCAUCAGUUUUUUUUUUGUGAAUUUAUGCUUUUAGAGUAGUCCGUUCACCUUCAAACUAUUUCUUUUUUGUGUUGGAUCGCUAGGAAAAUAAAUACGUUGGCGCCCUAUUCCAUCAAACUGAACUCACCCCAUCUCCACUGUAAGCAAACCGAGGUGUUCCUAGCGUUUCCUUCUGUUUUUUUUUUGUCUGUUCUUUCAAAAGUUAAGAUAGUUGAACUUUUUUUUUUUGGGCGUUAUAAAUUUUGGCGCCCAACGUGGGGCCAUUCUGUGUUUAGCUUGAAUACUUGCUUGGAAAAUUAGUUUUUAUAAUUUUUUUUGAGGAAAUAUUGUAUUCAAGAUGUCAGGGAAAAUAGUUGUUAACAGAUUAAAUCAGGCACAGUUAACAUAUUUGUUGGUUAUAAGAGGUUUGCCAACGGGAACAGUUGAUAGUAUGCGCAAAAGUCUGUCUAGGGCGAUGAAACUAGAAAAGGAAGGAUCGUCAAUAUCCUAUCCUAAUUACCCGUUCACUUUUGAGGAAGAUAAAGCAGCUAUUGAUGAGGUCAUCGCGAAGGUAGAAGGUAGUAUUGCUGGUUCGGAGUCCUUGACGGUGAGGAGUGGACGUUAUGUGGUGAAUGGUACACGUUUGAGAUACGCAUUGAUUAGAUUGGAUCAUCUAAAUGCAAAAUCACCUGAAGAGGAGGCGUAUAGAAGGGAAGUUUAUGCAAAAGUUCUCAGUUUACUGGAUCGGCUUGAGGAGAAGACAAAUGUUGCAUCAGGAUCACCAAUGAAACCGCUCAACCAGGAAGGCACUGACACUGAAGAUGAUGAUUCUUCAGAGGGAGUUGAUGAACAGAAUUUGGCAAGUUCGACUCCACGUGUACCGGUAACACGGGUUAUGGAAACAACUUUUGGACAAGUGAAAGCAAUUCCAGUGUACAAAUGGGGUUUACAAUUUUCAGGCGAAAAACAGGGAAUGUCUGUCCAUGCAUUCUUACAGCGAGUUGAGGAGUUAUGUGAGGCAAGAGGAGUGACCAAAUCUGAGGUACUGAGGUCGGCUGUGGAUUUGUUGAGUGGCAGAGCGUUAAUCUGGUUUAGAGCUAUCAAGGACACGAUAGUGGACUGGGAUUCUUUUGUUGAGAGCUUGAGAGCCGAAUUUGAACCUUUCAACUACGAUGAAAAGCUCUUAGAAGAAAUUCGAAAACGUACUCAGGGUAAGGACGAACCUAUUGGCAUAUAUUUGGCUACUAUGAAAUCAUUCUUUAAUCGUUUACGAUCACCGCCAACAGAACAACAACAAAUUAGGACAGUUUUGAGGAAUAUUCUCCCCUUUUUCCAAACCCAAUUAGCUUUGGUGAGUGUAGAUUCUUAUGUGGAAUUGAAGAGGUUAUGUCGUCAAUUGGAGGAACGGCGCGAGUAUGUCGAAUCUUUCGCUCCGCCAGCCAGGAGGUCUCAGUCUUGCCUCGAGCCUGACUUAGCAUAUGCAAGCAUCGAAGAGGGUAUUGAAGAAGUGCAACUUGUAGGACCGCAGCCUUCAUCUGGGUCUAAAUGCGAAAAACCGGUAAGCUGCUAUAAUUGUGGUAAACUAGGACAUAGAGCGAUAGGAUGUGCUGCACCGAAGACUAUGCGUUGCUACAAAUGCAAUCAGGUAGGGUAUACCAUCAGAACUUGUCCCAAAUGCAAUUUGUCGGGAAACGGAUCGAGUCGUUGAUUGCGGGACCACUUCCAACGACUGCUUCACCUGAAGGUCCUAUUGAUAAAC